AAGUGUCCAAACACAGAGAAAAACUCCUGCAGAAGCGACUGAUCUCCACACAGUUAUAAAGAUGGCGUUUAUUAAAGAGGAGACUGAAGAUGUGAGGAUUGAAGAAACAUUCAGAGUCAAACAGGAAGAUCUGCAGGAACUAACAGACCAAAUUGAAGAGAAUGAGGGGAGUAAAGAGGAGCAACAUCAUGUCAAAAUUCAGGGAAAAACUCAUUUACAGACUGAUGGUAUUUUGAAGAAUCAUUUCACCUGCACUCAGUGUGGAAAGAGUUUUGGAAGAAAAGACAAUCUUAAGACUCACAUGAGGACCCACACUAGAGAGAAACCAUUCAAAUGCACUCAGUGUGGGAAGAGUUUCAGCCAAUCAUCACACCUUAAUGAUCACAUGAAAAUCCACACUGGAGAGAAACCAUUCACAUGCACUCAGUGUGGGAAGAGUUUCAGCACAUCGUCAUCCCUUAAUCUACACAUGAGGAUCCACACUGGAAAGAAACCUUUCACAUGCACUCCGUGUGGGAAGAGUUUCAGCCAAUCAUCAAACCUUUAUACACACAUGAGGAUCCACACUGGAGAGAAACCAUUCACAUGCACACAGUGUGGGAAGAGUUUUAACUGCUCAUCAAACCUUUAUCAACACAUGAGGAUCCACACUGGAGAGAAACCAUUCACUUGCACUCAGUGUGGGAAGAGUUUCAGCCAAUCAUCAUCCCUUAAUCUACACACAAGGAUCCACACUGGAGAGAAACCAUUCACUUGCACUUAAGCCACGGUCACACUGGAUUUUUCUCUCCAUAGACUUCCAUUCAUACUGUUAGACUACUCCUAGUCCUCCCAGGUUAAAACAUCAUUUAGAGGCUUUAAAUAUGUUUAAACAAUUUAAUUAAUUAGACGAAUAAAGCAUUACAGAGCUCAGAGUGUUAGAGAAUAGCAACACAGGCAGUCUGUGUCAGCUGGGCACACACACCCACACCCUUGUCCCCCCCAUAUUUAUUGUUGUCUCUCUUCAGCCCCACCCAGGGGCACUUCAGUAAGAAAGAUCCUUCAUCCAGAUCAGUUUGAUCAUCAGUUGUUAUGCAGAACAGCAAAUCUGCACAGAAAAAGUCACACAUACACAUAACAGAGCCUGAAAGAGAGUAAGCCUUAGCCCCUCCCGUCCGUUAUUGUUCCUGAAAAUGAGCACACUCUGAAAGUGGAAUUGUAACAUUUUGUUGAUAACAAGUACAGAGGAGUUAACUUCUCGGUUAUCAGUCACACGAAGACACAGCUGUUAUGGAGCAAGGUUAGAUGAGGUUAAGCACAUAAGGUUAUAUCAGGAUAAACACAUCAGUAUAAGCUCAUGUAAUUAGUUAAAAACAGAGUUAAACUAUUAAUGCAAGGAUUAGUCUAGGUUGGAUUAGGAUGAAGUUAAAAUCAUCAAAAAAUUCUUCAAUACGCACGCAAGUACGUCAGACCGGAAUCGCAAGUUCGUGCAUCAAGUUUCGCAGCUCACCAUGCAAAGUUCAAGCUUGGUAAACUCUGACCUGCGAAAUCCCAUCACUUGACUCUGUGAGACCAAUCAAAGAUCAAAACAUGACCUCUCGAGACAGAAAUUUAAAAUAUGGACCAAUCGCUCUCUUUUUAAUGUGUAAUCAUCUUGUUAAAUCCCGACCCUUUUCGCAGCGCCGUACAACAGAAUUUCGCAUGCUACAACUCUAGUGUGACCGCAGCUUCGGUGUGGGAUGAGUUUCAGCAACUCCUCAGACCUAAUAAACACAUGAAGACCCACACUGGAGAGAAACCAUUUACAUGUACUCAGUGUGGGAAGAGUUUCAACCGAUCAGCAAACCUUAAUGAACACAUGAAGAUCCACAGUGGUGUGAGAGUAUAUGUGCUUUGAGUGUGAGAAAACUUUUAUUUCAGCUCCAAAAUUGAAACUGCACCAGACGAUUCACACUGGAGAGACCGUACAAGUGUUCACACUGUGACAAGAGAUUUAAUCAGUUAACACAUCUGAAAACACAAAAGAGGAUACUCAGGAGUCCUCAUGUCAAGAUCUGCCAUCUCAUUGACUCUUUAACCUUAAGGUUUUGUUUUGCAUUACUUGUAUCAUGUAGUUAAAGUGUUGUUGUGAUUAUAUCCUGAGUUCUUUAUCUUCAUUAUUAUCCCAAGACCUUUGUUGGUUGCUUUGAUUGUUCUAUGAGUUACAUUUUAUAAUAAA